AAUAUAUGUAUAUUUACGGUGUAUAACUGCUCCCUGACAGAUGUACUACUAUCGCUAUGACAGUGGUGAGGUCAGCUGCUGCUACAAAUACCUGAUGUUCAGCUACAACAUCAUCUUCUGGCUGGCUGGAGUUGCCUUUAUUGCCGUUGGUUUCUGGGCAUGGAGCGAAAAGGGAGUCCUGUUGGAUCUGACCCAGGUGACUCGGCUGCAUGGCUUCGACCCGGUCUGGUUGGUCCUGGUGGUGGGUGGAGUCACCUUCAUCCUGGGCUUCGCUGGCUGUGUGGGAGCUCUGAGAGAAAACAUCUGCCUGCUGAAGUUUUUCUCCGGAGUGAUUGGAUUCAUCUUCUUCCUGGAGCUGACGGCAGCAGUUCUGGCGGUGGUUUUUCAGAGUCAGGUCAGAGAGUGGAUCAACGAGUUCUUCCUGGCAAACGUCAGAGCUUACAGAGACGACAUCGACCUGCAGAACCUCAUCGACUCUCUGCAGAGGAUGAACCACUGCUGUGGAGCUCAGGAUCCGGAUGACUGGGAUCUAAAUAAUUACUUCAGCUGUAAUGGAACCCAUCGCAGCAGAGAGAAGUGUGGCGUUCCAUUCUCCUGCUGCAAUACUGAUCCUGCUGACUCGGUGGUGAACACUCAGUGUGGCUACGAUGUCAGAAACAGACCGAAGAGAGAGUGGAGUGAUCAUAUCUACACUAAAGGUUGCAUCAUUGCGUUGGAGGACUGGUUACCAGGGAACCUUUACACUGUGGCCAUCGUGUUCAUCGUCAUCUCUCUGCUGCAGAUGGUGGGGAUCUACCUGGCCCGGACGCUGAUCUCCGACAUCGAGAAGGUCAAAUUCAGCUACUGAAAUGACGAUUACGGGGGUGCAGUCCCCUGAAACCGGGGGCGUGGACUCUGCAAGGUGUUACUGGACCAAGUUCCCUCCAUCAGAUGUGCCUUCCUCUUCUUCUUCUUCUUCUUCUUCUUUCUCUGUGUCUGCCUUUAGCCACCUUUGGCUAACCUUGUGACGUUGUGUUGGACCUCUGAGAAUGUUCUGUUGAUUAUGUCACAUGUCAUGAGACCAAUGAGCUUCUACACCAAAUUGCCUUUUCUACUGUUCAUCAGACCAGAGUGACCUUUGACCUGUUCAAUGUCCAGUGCCUCCUUCAUCAUCACCAUCAUUGUCAUUAAAAUCAUCGUCAUCAUCAUCAUCAUCAUCAUCAUCAUCACCAUGCUCAGGUUUCUGCUCCGUUUACAAGAGGAGUUAAUCAAUGACUGAACUGAUCAGUUGAUCAUUAAAAUGUGAUCAAUAACUGAUCGUCUAAUCAUUGAUGUAGUUUCAGAUGAAUCAGUGGAAGGGGCCAGGGCCAACGACAGUCAGAAUCAGCGUUUAUGAAAUAAAAUGGUGGACUGUUCCUUUGAACACUUUCUGCUUCAGGUCAUAUGAUCACGUUUAAAUUUUAUUGACACUGGAUUCAUGUUAAUGAGCUCUGAAUGAAUAAUGUUUCUUUUGUUAAAAUGUUUUGUAUGAAUAAAGUUUUCAGGAUGUUUGAGCCAAUCAGAACAAACUGUCACUGUUUCUUCUUCUCUGUUCAUCAGUUAUCCAUCAUUGAUUAUUGGUUAUUGAUCCUUGAUCCCUGAUUAUUGAUCAGUUUUUGAAGGGACUGAUUGUUGUUUUAUAAAGUGAAUAUUUGUUUUUUUAUAUUGGUCUAAAUAAAGUUUGGUCUGAAACAGUUUGUA